AUGCCUGGAUCUGCUGCCUCCGCCUCCCCCGCCGCUGCCACAGCGGCCCAGGCUGCCGCUUCGUCGUUUGGCGACAACAAAGGCAUCAAGUUCGAGAUCAAGACGGGCAACAACCGCUGGGCCUGCACGCUGCAGGAGCGCUCUGCCUAUGAGCGUACCAAGACUGCCCGUGCCAACUCGACCGACUCUGUCGAGUCCAGCGCCUCGUCCACUGUCUCGCACUGA